GAGACACAGCGACUCGGAGUACUCGGGUGUGCUCCGCAGAGGAGAAGGAGACAGAGAGAGAUGUAGAGGGUGCCAGAGAGAGGCUGAGAAGCGAGUUAGAAAUCGGAGCGCUGGAGAGAGAAACUUUAGAGAGGCAGGGACAGAUGAAGACACACAGGUAGACACAGGAAGAGAUGGAGUGUAAAAGGGACAGGGAAAGGUGGAGAGAGGGACCAGAAGAGGCUGUCUGAGCCUGGAAAGAGGACCCGAAGCAGUGGGCCCUCCGGAGAGACUCCCUGAGAGAUAUAAAGUAGGGGAGACAGAUACAGAGGUGCAUUAGGAGUUAGAGAGAGACCGAAGAGGAGGACAAGAAGUCCCCAAGAUUCAUAGAGAAAGACACUCAGGGAAAAAGAAAAACACCAGAGCUGGAGCUGGAGAGGCCCAGCAUUGGCUGGUGUGUCCUCAGCCUGGGGGGGCUGUGUGGAGGUGGACUCGGAGACCGAGGCCGUGUACGGGAUGACCUUCAAAAUUCUGUGCAUCUCCUGCAAGCGCCGCAGCGAGACCAACGCUGAGACCUUCACUGAGUGGACCUUCCGCCAGAAGGGCACGGAGGAGUUUGUCAAGAUCCUGCGCUACGAGAAUGAGGUGCUGCAGCUGGAGGAGGAUGAGCGUUUCGAGGGCCGCGUGGUGUGGAACGGCAGCCGGGGCACCAAGGACCUGCAGGACCUGUCCAUCUUCAUCACCAACGUCACCUACAACCACUCGGGCGACUACGAGUGCCAUGUCUACCGGCUGCUCUUUUUUGAGAACUACGAGCACAACACCAGCGUCGUCAAAAAGAUCCACCUUGAGGUGGUGGACAAAGCCAACAGAGACAUGGCGUCCAUCGUGUCGGAGAUCAUGAUGUAUGUGCUCAUCGUGGUGUUGACCAUAUGGCUCGUGGCGGAGAUGGUUUACUGCUACAAGAAGAUCGCCGCAGCCACGGAGGCUGCCGCACAAGAGAAUGCCUCGGAAUACCUGGCCAUCACCUCAGAAAGCAAAGAGAACUGUACGGGUGUCCAGGUGGCCGAAUAGCCCCGGUCCUGGGCUCCACCUCAAGGAAGAGCCAGCCCUAAUGGGGAACAUCUGGGCGCAGCCUGCCCUCAGUGGGGGUUGGCCAUUCCUGGGCCUCCACGAGCCUCAGAGUCCUGCCAAUGGAGCCGCCAGGGUGGGAGGGGGCAGGGGGCUUGGCUCACACCCCCAAUCCAGCCUACUUCCUCCUGCCCCAUUGCCCACCCACACCAUGCAUGAUGGGUAAAGCAAUACUGCCGCUGCCCCCACCCCUGCUUCUGCUGCCUGUUUGGGAGGGGGGGCGGUGAGGUGGGGGCAGCGGCUCCGCACCCCUCCUUCUUGCUGAUUUGCACACACUGGCCGCUUCAGAUGCACACUACUGGGGCCCAGCCCCUCCCCGCCCCAGCGCCCCGCCCCGUGGGGGUCGUGAUGGGCUGGCACAGUUUGGGGCAGGGGGUUCUGGGACCCACUCCAACCCCCAGCAACGUUUCCCCUCCUUCCUCUGGCUGGACCUGGGGUCCCUUCUCCCUGUGAUGCACUCUUGCCCCAGCCCAACCCUGCCCUCUCUCACCAGCCUUGGAUCGUGGCCACUUAGAAAGGGGCCCGUUCAGCCUCGUCUCUCUUCACACAAGUAGUUUUGUUCAUGAAAUAAAGAUUCUUGGACUUGA